CCAGUCGGUGGCUCGUCUUCUCGCUGAGUUUGGACGCAGUGUCUGUAUCCACAGGACCCGCUCGAGUGUCUGCGCGUGGACGCAUACAGGAGCUAGCACAAAUCUGGUGGAAAGAAACCGAGGGUAGCUUGAAUCCUAGCUGCCAUCCUCACCGGCCGAGGUAAGUUGUGACGUUCUUGAGCCCCGGUUUCUCGCAACUGUCUUCAAUGACGACGCUACUCCGCGGCAAGCGGGCUUUGGUGGUGGGACUCAUGAAUAAGCAUUCGCUCGCUGCUGGGAUCACCCAAUCUCUCCUCUCCAGUGGCGCAAGUGUCGUGGUGUCCUCCAAAAUGCCGUUGAGCGAGAGCCAUAUCAAAAGCUGCGCCUUCCAGAUCCCCAAAGCUACAGGACACGCCUUGCACUUCGAACCGUGCGACGUUGAGAACGACGAGAGCAUCGACCACUUGAUGGAACGUUGUGGGGAGAUUUUCGACGGGGAGUUGGACAUUCUGGUGCAUUCGGUGGCGUUUGCUCCUCGCGAAGCCUUCACCAACGGAUUGCUAAAUACUCCCAGAGCUGCGUGGGCUCAGGCGCUGGACGUCAGUGCCUACAGUUUGGUGGGGCUAGCCAGAGCAGCGAAGCCACUGAUGGCUAACCAAGACGGAGACACAAGAGACCGCAGUGUGCUGGCGCUGACGUAUGCUGGAUCGACUAAGGUGGUACCAAAUUACAAUGUGAUGGGGCCAGCGAAGGCUGCGUUGGAGGCUACGGCGAGACAGCUAGCAUACGAGCUAGGUCCUGACGGAAUCCGAGUCAACUGUCUGAGUCCUGGGCCAAUGAACACUGUGUCGGCGCGUGGAAUUCCCGGUAUCUCGAAAAUGAGAAGGUAUGCUGAGAACCACGCUCCUCUGCGUCGAAACAGCUCGAGUGGGGAUGUUGGAUCCGUCGCUGCAUUCCUCUCGAGCGAUUUGGCUGCGGCUGUCACGGGGCAAACUUUCCACGUUGACGGUGGCUUGAGCGCCAUGGCUCCGUAUGAAUAAACUGU